GUGCGGUUGCUCGCGCACUACGCCGGCGAGCCGCGGGCGGCGGCGGCGGCUGGGAGUACGGGAGACGCCGGAAUACUAGCCUCGCAUCCUCCUCCCUCGAGUUCGCUGCGGGACCGCGCCAUCCUCGUCGGAGCCCCGGGCCCAGGGGACACGAGCUUCUCCGCCCUCUUGUCCUUCGGUCAGCACCGACGCCGCCGUCUCGCUCGCUCGCUCGAUCGAGCCGUUGCUUGUGGCCGGAGGAAAGGCCUCAACAGUCAAUAUGGCUGGCUCAUUCAUUACUGGGGCUUUAAUGCUUAUUCUUGGAUAUGCAUACCCAGCCUAUGAUUGCUACAAGACGGUGGAACUGAACAAGCCUGAGAUCGAGAAGUUGCGGUUCUGGUGUCAGUACUGGAUUUUACUUGCUGUUCUAACUGUUUUUGAUAGAGUUGGGGAUAAUUUUGUAUCAUGGUUGCCAAUGUACAGUGAAGCAAAGCUGGCAUUUGUCGUAUUUUUGUGGUAUCCCAAAACACUGGGGACUGCCUAUGUGUAUGAAUCAUUCUUUAAACCGUGGAUUGCAAAAUACGAAGCUGAUAUCGAUCACAAUCUGCUUGAGUUGAGGACUAGAGCUUGCGACAUGGCGGUUCUUUACUUCCAGAAGGUUUCCAACUAUGGUCAGACAAGGCUUUAUGAAAUCUUGCAAUAUGUUGCUUCACAGUCACAAACCCAAACAUCUCGCCCACAGGCACGUGAACAGCAGCAGCGCCCACCACCAGCACAGACUCGGCAAGUGAACCCUGCACCUCAGCCUGUUCCUGCACCUUCGGUGCCUCCACUGCCACCACAACCCACCCAAGCUCCUUCUGCUCCACCAAGGAACCAAACGCAGGAUACAACUCCAGUUCCUGUUCCUCCUCCUGGUGCAGAGUCUCUUGCCCAGCCACAGGCACAUGCUGGUCCUCCUCAAGCUAACGCCAGCGACGGCCCUCAGAACACUGAAGCUAUGCAGAUUGAUCCAUCUGGUCCAUCAACAAGCAACGCACGUCAGUCAUCAAUACCAGACGAAGAUACGCUCAUCCAGGAGGCUAUUCGGAUGACGAGGGGCCGGCUUAGGAGGCGCACGGCCGGGUCUGGACCUCCACCAAGUUAGAACCUACACCAAGGGUGAUCUCGACACACCAUUCGCUCUAUGCUGGGAUGAUUCUGCACCUUCGGGCGUUCAACUGAUAACAGAAGGAAAUGCUGGGUUGGUGAAAAGUGAUUCAAAUAUUUCAAAUCCUCCUGGAGUGAACGCACACAUUCCUCCUCUUGAUGUGAUGCCUGUUGCUGUCGUCUCACUACUCCCAAAUGUGCAUAAUAGAGGCAAUGAUGACACAUAUCAGUAGCUUGGCAUGUCGAAUGCAUCAAGAUGGGUCGAACUUGUCCAUGAGGAGUCAGGUCCGUCAUAUUUGAAUUUUGAAAAGUUCAACAUGCCAAAGUAUGCGUGACUGACUUGCCGAAAAUCAUCACAAAAAUCAAAUGGGUAAUUAGUAUAGUUGAUCUUGAUCCCUUUGUUUUUAA